CGGCUUCUAAGGAACUUUCGUUUCUUUAGAGGUGUUGAGUGAUUUUUGUUAACACCCCAUUGAGGAGAACAGUGUGAAAUUCAUCUCAAUACGUUUAAGUCGUGUAAUUUAUCCAGACAAUCCCAGACUUUCAUGUUUUACCUAUGUAGACUUACAGACUUGGUCAGUGUGGUGGCGGCCGGAGCCUUGACCAGACCUACUUUCUGUGACUUUGGUUCGUACCGGAUAAUUAAGUUAAGAUCUACAACAUUCCACAAGCACACUACUCCAGAUAAACCUUCUUUCAUCCGCAAAUUUACUUAUAGUGUUACUGAAUGGGAAGCUCACACAAUCAGUAAUUUGAAAAUUCGCUCUUGAUCAUUGUAAUUUCCAAGGCAGUUACUCUGUAUCCAAAGUAACAUCAUUUUUAACAAAAUGUCGUUGCGACCAGUUACAAGAAGGAUGGCCACCCGAAAUUGCUUUUUGUACUUUGCCUAUGGAUCAAAUCUUCUCACAGAACGGAUUCAUAUCAAUAAUCCUUCAGCGAAGAAGAUUCAAGUUGGAAAAUUAAAGGAUUAUCGUUUGGACUUCAAUUAUUUCAGCCAGCGAUGGAAAGGUUGUGCUGCCACCAUUGUAGAAGACCCAGGAAAUCACUUGUAUGGAGUACUCUGGGAGAUUGCAAAUGAAGAUUUGGCACAUUUAGACACGCAAGAAUGCGUUCACCAAGGCGUCUACAGAGCUGUUGAAGUAGAUGUUGAAACUCUCAGUGGUGAACAAGUUAGAGCCCGAUCUUACCAGAUCAUACGCCCUCUGGAACAAGACCGCCGUCCUUCUUCCGUGUACUUGGAUGUCAUUGUUAGAGGAGCCAAAGAAAAUGGACUUCCAGAGGACUAUAUCACAUUUUUGGAGGGCAUUGAACAUAAUGGCUAUAAUGGAGAAGUGGAUGUGAAGCUAGACCUCGAAAAAAUUGAAACUGGAGAAUAGUUUAUGUUCCAAACCAUGUCCAGACUAUGGUGAGAGAAUUCAGAAACUGUCAUGUCACUUCUAAAGUUUUCUAGCACUGAGAGGCUAAAUGCACACAGCUGGGAUGAAUCUUCAAGACUUUCACACUCCAGGGACAUUUCACCUGAUACCUAGUGUGGCUUUGUGCCCCUGUUCUGCUAGCCCACAGGACUUUAUCAGCAACAGUUGUAUCAUGUCAAGUUUUCUAGCACCAAGAAGCUAAUUACAUAUAGCAUUUCAGGCAAGAAAAUUCAGCAACACCCAUAUUACUUGAGUUAAUAUGCACUGGGAGGAUCACGACACACCAUUUCAGGCAAGACAUUUCAACAAAUCUGAAAUAGUAAUUAUGUAAACUUUUAUUGCUAGAGAAAGCUGUAGCUGAGAUAAGUUUUAAAAAAUUACACUGCAGGGACUUUUUAUCUUAUAUGGUACUUUGUGUGGCUUUAUGCUCCAGUUAUCACUAGUCUAUAUACUUUUUAAAGCAUAUAGUAUUAAUUUCAGUGGUUAUGUUGUAGUCCUUAAAACAGCCUACGAUAAUAUAUCGGUAUCCAGUAUUGUAUUUUAAGAUAUAUUUACUUGUAUGAUCAGUUGGCUGCUCAUAGUACAGUAUAACAUUCCUGUGUAAUGAACUGUUAACCUAUUGUUUAUUAGCUUUAGGAAUUACUUUAGUCAAAAGGAUCAAAGGCCUUUUAAUACAACUUAACCUUACUUACCUCUCACUGUAUUGUGGCUGUAAAGUGUUGUGAAGUGUCUGUUACCAUUACAAAGCUAUAGAAAAGGUAGCUUGUGUCUUGCAGUUAUGCUGUCUUCAAAAAUGAGAGUAGAAUCUAGUCAAAAAGUUCUGUAUUGUUUUUCCUAAUAUCUGUCAUUAGGACAUGAAAGUUGUGAUAACUCUACUUAAUUAUAUUCAGCUAUGGUAGUUAAGAUCAUGUUAAUAUAUGUGUAAUUUAUUCUAUAAUCAAAUUGCCUGGUAUAAGGCAGUUUGUUUUGUGAUCAAAGCAGUUUUUACUGCAUAAUCAGUUAUUGACACCACAUUGGUGCUAUAUUCAAGAGAAAAUAAAUACUCUGGAAAAUAUAAGAAAUAAAUUUGUUCUUUGUGGCUAUAUCAUUUAGCUAAUUACAAAGCUAACUCAACUUCCACAAAGUAGACCAUCUAAAGCAUAUCAAAGACAAUAUAGAGUGGAAUUAUCUCUUGCCACUCGGAGAUACAAGUUCGGGCACUGUAAUCAUAUAAGUAAACUUAUAGUACAUAGUAUGGCAUUUAAAGGUGAACAUGCAUUUACAAUACUUUGUAUUCAUGAGGAAUAAAUAUUGCUCUUUAGUUAAAAUUUGAUGUUAUUUUUAGGAAUUAUGUAGGUAAUUUACAUUCCUUGUUUAACCUGUUUAUUUUAUGGAAUAUCCAAAGCACUUAAGCCCAUUUUAUCAGUGACAAUGUUUUGCUGUUUUUAUUUUGCAAGCACUGCAGAUACAAAAGGGAUAGAAGUGCAAUUUAUCAUGUGGUAAUAUAUAGCUGUUUACUAUAUAUUGCAUUGCUAAAAAUAGCUAUGACCCGUACCAACAAAACUUUGGACCAUUUCCAGUAAGAAUAUGUGUUGUUUCAGUGGUACAGACUAUCUCCAACUUACAACCUAUUCAUAUUUUGCCCAUACAUGCUGACAACAUACAUUUUGUAUAAAUACAUGUCAAAAGCUAAUCAAAUGUUAACUACAUAAAUGGAAAAGAAUUGCUGCAUUGUAUUUGAGUAAUACAGUACUGUAUAUACAGUACUCAAAUGAUGAAAAGAGUUAAAAAUCUAUUUUGCAUAUUAAAUAUACAAGUUAAUGCUAGUACAUAGAGUAAAUACGAAUCCCGAUCUUUCAUCCAUUCCAACUUAACAGCCAGUUAAGAGGAACUUAAAUGUAAGUCAGGGAUUGUCUGUAACCUAUAAACUCCUGCCCUACACAAGUACAGAAUAGUAAAUUAAAAUAGCACAGAAAACUUAAGAUUAUUGCCUUACUGAAAAAUAAAGAACAAG